AUGUCGAAUCCUCCCCCACCUCAUAAUCGCCGUGGGUUCAGGUUAACAAUCAUCUGCGCCUUGCCACUGGAAGCUGAAAAUGUACAAUCUGUGUUUGAUAUAUGCUGGGAAGAUGAGGACAUACAAUGUGGGAAAGCCGAAGGCGACCAAAAUGCCUACUCAACAGGAAUGGUUGCGCGGCAUAAUGUUGUCCUGGCCCAUAUGCCUAGCAUGGGGAACAAUAGCGCCUCAGCUGUCGCUGCUGGUCUCCGCUCUAGCUUUCCCGAAGUUAAGCUUGUUGUUAUCGUCGGAAUCUGCGGCGUUGUUCCAUUUCAUGCAACCACCCAGCAAGAGAUAAUUCUGGGCGAUGUCAUCAUCAGCACUGCGGUAGUUCAAUAUGAUUUCGUAAGACAAUACCCCGAAAAUUUCCAGAGGAAGAGACAUAUUGAAAAAAUUUGGGAAGAGCUUCCCCUGAGGUUCGCUCAUUUAUCAAAAGAGGUACCUUCAGCUAAGUAUCCUGGUACAAGCCGAGAUCAUUUAUAUGAGGCAUCUUACCUACACCGACAUCAAACGGAUGCCGGUUUGACCUGCGACAUGUGCAAUGACAAUCUCGUCCCCUGCCCAAAGACUUGUGCCGAUCUUGAGUGCGGACAAGAUAUGAUCAUUCGUCGUGACCGGUUAAAUCUUCAAGAAGUGCUGGGCCCGGAAGGCAUUCCGGAUCAUGUCCCAAUAAUUCACUUUGGCCGUUUCGGAUCGGCAAACAUGGUGAUGAAGUCUGGCGUCGAUCGCGAUCGGAUAGCAAAAGUUGACGAAUUGAUCGCAUUCGAGAUGGAAAGUGCAGGGGUCUGGGACCAAUAUCCUACUCUCGUUAUCAAAGCUGCCUGUGAUUCCGCGGAUAGCCACAAGAGCAAGAACUGGCAAGAUUAUGCUGCUGUUGCAGCUGCGGCUUGCCUGAAGGCAUUCUUGAAAGAAUGA